AUCCACACUUCUGUUUUCCAGGAUGCUGGGAUGUAAGGUCUGAGUGAGAAAUCUUCGCCUUUUCUUCUUCUUCUCUCUGCCCCCCCCCCCUUUUUUUUUGCAGAGCAGCUGCUCUUGUUGUUAUUCCCGGUGGACGGAAGAGAGAGGAGGCUAGGGGUGGGGAUUUUCUGGGAAAUUCAAUGGAUAUGAACUUGGGGUCUUCGGAACCUGGCUGGUUUGGAAUAUCUAUGUGCUGAUCGCCUUCUGGAGAGGCAGAAACAAGCUCAUUUGGGGGAAGGAUCUGCACAAGACCAAGAUGUCUCUGGCCACCUUAUACUUCGUUUUGCCCUUAAUGGAAGUACUCUUGUCCGCGGAAGUGAGCGGGCUGCUCGGAGGGGACCGCCUGGAUUGUGUGAAAGCCAGCGACCAGUGUCUCAGGGAGCAGAGCUGCAGCACUAAAUACAGGACACUGAGGCAGUGUGUAGCCGGCAAAGAGAGCAACUUCAGUCGGGCGACAGGCCUGGAGGCAAAGGACGAGUGCAAAAGCGCUAUGGAGGCUCUCAAGCAGAAAUCUCUUUACAAUUGUCGCUGCAAGAGAGGCAUGAAGAAGGAGAAGAACUGCCUGCGUAUUUACUGGAGCAUGUACCAAAGCUUACAGGGAAAUGACUUGCUUGAAGAGUCACCUUAUGAACCAGUUAACAGCAGGUUAUCGGACAUAUUCAGGCUAGCGCCAAUUGUAUCAGGAGACCCUGCCAUUUCAAAGGGGAACAACUGUUUGGAUGCAGCGAAAGCCUGUAACCUAAAUGAUACCUGCAAGAAAUUGCGAUCGGCUUACAUAACCCCCUGUACCAACAGUGUGUCGAAUGAAGUCUGCAAUAAACGGAAGUGUCAUAAGGCCCUAAGGCAGUUUUUCGACAAAGUUCCCCCGAAGCAUAGUUACGGGAUGCUCUUCUGCUCCUGCCGAGACAUUGCAUGUACAGAGAGGCGACGGCAGACCAUUGUUCCUGUAUGUUCGUAUGAGGACAGGGAGAAACCAAACUGCCUGAAUUUACAAGAUACUUGCAAGACAAAUUACAUCUGCAGAUCUCGCCUUGCAGAUUUUAUCUCAAACUGCCAGCCAGAGACACAGUCUAUUAGUAGCUGUCUGAAGGAAAACUAUGCUGACUGCCUGCUUGCUUACUCGGGGCUUAUUGGCACAGUUAUGACACCAAAUUAUUUAAACUCUAUCAGUCUCAGUGUCGCUCCAUGGUGUGAUUGCAGCAACAGCGGCAAUGACAUAGAAGAAUGUCUGAAAUUUCUGAAUUUCUUCCAGGAUAAUAUAUGCCUUAAAAAUGCAAUUCAGGCGUUUGGCAAUGGCACAGAUGUGAAUGUGUGGCAACCACUCGUACCUGCCCAGACUACCACUGUUUUAACGACGACAGCUUACAGGUCUAAGACUCUGGGAUCUGAGAACACCAACAAUGAAAUACCUACCAACAAUGACUUGCCAGCAUGUGCCAAUCUCAAGGUACCAAAGCAGAGCUUCAAUGAAACUGUAGCGACAGAACUUUGUGUGACUGGGAAUGCAAUUGGAAAGGAAAGCAUGGCAGGAGGCUCCACCAGUCACAUUUCCUCCGAUAAUUCGUCUACUCUUCGUAUAAGCAUCAGGCCAAGCACACUUCUCCUGCUGACGGCAAUUGCACUCUCUUUCUGCGUGUGCCCACAUUCAGCAGAAACCUUGAACCUGCUUUAGCAAAAGGACCUGUACAAAGAAAAGAAAAAAGGAAACCCAUCUGUUCCCUAUCAUCCUCUGUUGUUGAUCUAAAAUUACAGCUCUAGAAGUUAAGUUGAGGCACUCUGCUAAAAAAAAAAAAAUAGUUCUGGAUUAUCCUC